AUGCGACAUAGUGGAUUCUUCCAACAUCAAACUCCAGCUCCACCACUGCUACAUGACAAUGAUAAAUCCACGGAUAAAUAUGAGUCGCCGCACAAGUGGGCUAAUGAGGCUCCUAGGGAAUCAAUAGCCCCUUUUGAAAUACCAACUCCCUAUAGUGCUGCAACGGCUCCUACAGUUGUAUUUAGCGAUUGGUCUCCGCUAACCUCUCCAUCACGAUGGACCUCUCCCAAAGGUUUCCUGGACGACUCGGCUCCACUACCGCCGUACGUGGUGCCUCCUGCAUCGUCUUGGGUUCCGGCAUGGUCUAAAGGACAGCAGUCUCCUCCUUCUCCUCGUCCCUUCGAACUCUGUGAUAUCUUCCCUAAGCCUAUAAAAUCGUUCAUGGUGCCGUCAUCACCAACCAACUUCUACACAAGCUGCCCACGUAUUGACUCUCCAACCAUCGUGGACAGGCGCGUCGAAGUGGUGUAUUCUCCAGCAUCCGUGAAGUUUUGCCCACCUCGGAAACGACUCUUUCAGCGAGAGGGACAUUGUGGAGGAGAGACAAUGCUAGAUCAAUUAUCACCAUCUGCAUGUAGUCCAUCGUGGAUUGAUGAUGGCAAGAGGGAUAGGAAUAUACCACGAUACAGUCCCCCUUCGGCGAUGCCCGCCUCACCACCCUCAACAAGGGCCUACCAUCCCUCCUCCAACUCGCAACAAGAUGACCGAUUUGGUUCGGCAUGGACUGUGAUAUGGGUCGAUGAUGUAGCAUUUAAGGGUGAUGCCAAGGCCAAGAAGGACUCUCUUACAGGAAGGUUCAAGGUGAGGGUGAAGGCAUAUAAAUCAUCAGAAAAAUGCAUCCGGGCAUUUGAGAAGCGUUACAAGGAAAAACCGCCAAUCCACUACCACGGUCUUGCACCGAAACAGAUAAUUGUGGUUAGCGAGAGUAAUGCUGUAGAGCUGUUAGAGUAUCUCCAUCGAGGCAAGGAGUGGCUCGCGUCUAAGCUCAUUAUAUUAGGAUCUACCAGUGGGCAGUUGAGGAGGGAAAGCAGGUUGAUAUCGGCCACUGUGCGGAACUGGGACCAGGUCGUAGGUUUUGUCGGCAGAACACUACGAGAGGCUACGUAGAUUAGGGCAAUUAAUGCAUGUGUAGUAUAACUGUAGACUCGGGCUUAUGCUAUCACUAUUACUUGGACGUCAUUUGCAUUCUGUCUUCUCGGCGGCGGCUCCCAUCACAUAUGAUGGUGGCUCGCCACCAACCUUCCA